AUACUAUGUCCUGGUCGCGACUUGCGUGUUCGCUCGAAAGACAGAAUGGCUGAGGAAUGCUUGCUUGGCUGCUGCAUUGAUUUUUCCUGCUGUGGCUGCUGUCCAUGGAAUUGUUUUGGCGGCGAUGCAUGUCGAUGGUGGGUCAAGAACACCUUUUCUGGCUGUGUAAUUGACGACUAACUGCUCAGGUGCUGUUGACAUGGAUGUCUUUGGGGCUUUUCAAUUGUGUGCGAUUGGCAUUCUGGCAGCUCCAGUCACGGUUAGGGUGUCGAGGACUUACUUUUACGACCCUGGCCGGAAUGCCAUCUUUCUGUGGACUGGCCUUCUCCUUGCAGGUCUAUUGAGCCUGACUGUCGAAUUCUUUCGAAUCAGCAGUACUCCAUGUCUAUUUGAUAACUCUGGAAACCCAAUGCCCAGUAGCCCCAGCAGAUUUCCCUACGAUUCCGCGCCAUUGUGUGGCCUUCGAUGCUCUAUCGAGGCUGGUCCUUUCUCGCCCAUGCGACGUGGCGCAGUUAACAACAUCUAUGUUAUUCCAGCCCCGGAGCAUCUUACCUUCCACACGGCUACUCUGCUUGCUGCUGCGUGCUGUAUUCCAGCCGUUCUUUCGUUGGUUUCUAUGUGGAAUAAAAUUAGGAAGAUCAAUUGGAUCAUGAGAUGGGGAAAUGGACAGAGAGAGGAGAAGCCGGACGAGCCGAUUGAAGGAACAAACGGCGCCACAGUGGAGUCAAUGAAGGGAGUAAACAGUCUGAUGAGACGGUUCCUGAGUGUGGUAGAAGUCCCUGUGUUUGGUGCAGCUGUCUUGGCAAUCUUGAUCCUCGGCGAGAUGAAUUUCUUCACCAAGCAAGUUCGGUACCAGACGGAACCCAUUGCAAGCAUAGGUCAAUGGGCACCCUUGGUUGGUUCCGGACUGGCUGCUCUCGGAUCCCUGUACCUUCUUCUCUCCUCAGACCAACCCGAAUUGGACGAGAGAGGAAAAGCAAUUGUCCAUCACUGCAACUGCUCUAACCACCACAGCAGCAUUAGCUCACCCUCAUCCCCACCUCUUUCGCCCCCAGCUAUUCGCAGAAGUUCAUCCAAAGACGGGAGGAGAAGUUUAGAAGAAGUCGAAAUCGUUCCCUCAACCAGCGGACCUGCAGUCAGAACCCAAACCAAACGAUCAUGGACACAAACUGAUGCAGGGAAUCGACGUAAAGUUGCGAACGUCCUGACAAAUAUCGGUAACUACAUCGGCACAGCAGCACAAGAUCGCUUCGACGAUUCGGAAUUCAAACAUGGAAAGGCAGUCGAUUAUCCCGAGCUGCCAGGUGAAACAUACCGGAACCCUGGUCUGGGUCUCAUUCGCAGAGAAUAUAACCAGCCUCGCGACGACACCAGACCUUCGAGAGCGCCGAGCUUCAUCAGUAUAUCUGGAUAUGAGGGGUCGAUUAGAGGGGUUUCUCCACAGCCACAAUCACCGCGAUCUCCGUCGAGCCAGAGACCACAUGCUAGUACAAUGCCAUCUAGGGCGUCGACGGAGGUGCAGAGUCCGGCUUCGUCCUCGUCUGUGCCGUUGGAUAGAGGGAGGAGGCCGAGGAGAGAUACGCUGGAGGUGCCGUCGCCGGUACAUCAUACUUCUACACGGAAUGGCUUGCCACCUUGACUUGAAAAUGGUGGAAUGGUUAUAAACUUGCAACAAUAGCUAGAAGGGCUACGUCACAAUGCUGCAGCACAUAAAUUCUGCUGAAAAUGGCGUAGCAGACUCGGGGGAGUCUCCCCAUAUUGCUUGGAUAGACAGAAAGGUAGCAGAAGGGUGGCUGCAUCCCUUUGGAAGAUAGAGAUUUGCAAACCCCAGAGUGUUUCGAUAUGCGACGAGCUUGCGUCGAGGUGUCGCUUUUUCCGAACACAACGAGUCUCGUAGAAGGGCGAAUGGGAGGAGACAUCUUUCAAAGUCGCUGCUCCGGAGUCGAUUGCCUCCAGUCAGGAGAGGGUGGGCUGAACCAUUCACCUCUCUAUAGCUUUAUCCGCAAAAGAUCCUGCCACCCAGUCCAAGUCCUGGACUUGGGCGUUGCUUGCAAUUCGCUUGGCAUACUCUCACCUCGGGAAGCCUACUUUCUACCAUUUCAAGAGGUUGGAAAGGAUUAAGAAGAAAUGCAUUCAAAACCCACCAUGUGUCCUGUAUAUUCAAUCAAGAUGGUUUGAUAUUGAUGUUACCUUUGACUGUCACUUGAAAUCGUUGUAUUCACUUUUUGUUCUUCUUGAUUCGAUCGGUGAAGGGUUUUCCUCCUGGCGCAGCGCUAGCGGACUGCUUCGAAUCCCAAAGCGAUUUUCGACCAUUCUUUUCUGCCACCGUCCAUUUGGGCUGGGCAUACAAUCCCUCACAAUUCCUCCUCCUCUCUCACUUCAUCUUCGUCCUUCGCAUUCCGUACGCAACAUCAUCACAGUCCCCAAACCUGCAUUGAAGGUAACCUUGACUCCUCCAGGAUGCCUCCUCCGGAACCUGUCAAGACUGUCCCACUCGCAA